AUGAGGCUCCCCAAAGAAAUCCUCUGCAUCUUUGCUCGGUUGACCCCCGACCAAGUCAAAACGUGGGAUACGGACAUAAAAGUCAAACUCGACCUCUUUGCUGACUCUGAUGACGCCGAUGAUGCCAAUGAUGUCGAUGGCGCCGAUGAUGUCGAUGAUGUCGAUGGCACCGACGACUUUGAUAAUUGGAUAGGGGACAUCGACGAGUCACUCGAGUUUGACUACGAAUCCAAUAUUCAUAAACGCAACCCUAACUAUCUCCCUAGAGGAAGGCUUUUCGGAGACCGUGAUGUUGGCCCUGAGAUGAAAUUCAUCUCACAGCCCCACGGAUAUCCAAUCGAGGAUGUGGCCGCCUUUACGUUCCUGGAUUAUGCUGGAAGCGACAGCACCGUGUAUGUGCACGAUACCGGGAUGAAUUUGCAAGACCCUGAAUUUCAGAAUCCGAUCCCUCUAAUCACUAGAGGUGCAUAUCGAUGGCUUACUCCUAGGGCAAGCCGUAUUACUGGCCUUGCUGGCCAAGAGAUUGCACAUCCUCAGAUGUGGACCGACUCUAUGGGACAUGGCACCUGUAUGGCCAGCAAAAUUGUGGGCGAACGGUACGGCGUGGCUAAAGCCGCCAAUUUGACAAUCGUUCCCUAUAUCUCUGGUAGUGAAGCUGAUGGUGAGGAUGAUGAGGAUGAGGAUGAGGACGGGAUUGAGGAUAGCUUUUGGAUAUCGUACAUGAUGGCUGGGCUACAAGCCAUCGUUGACGACAUUGACGACCAGAGGAAGGAUAAGAACGGUUAUUUCUUCCCUGUGGUGAACCUCUCCUAUACAAUUCCUAAGAUCAGCCGCAAACAGACCCGGCAUUAUAGGAAAUGUUUACAAACGCUAGCUGAUCUCGACGCUGUCAUCGUGGGAGUUGCAGGAAAUCAGCGGCACAAAGGGAAACAGUUUGUGAGUGACACUCUAGGCAAUAUGGCUCCUGACUUUCCCGACAACAUGAUACUUGUUGGCGCUACCGAUGUCCAUGGUGUUCCAGCGGCUUUCUCGCAAAGAGGGCGGUCGGUUCAAAUCUGGGCUCCGGGGACGUUGGACAGAACGCAUGGCAUUCCAUGUGCGGGAGGUCUAGAAGGAAAGAAAGGCACGUCACUGUCGGCGGCGCAAGUUUCUGGCAUCGUGGCUUAUUUGUAUUCAAGCCACCACGAGCUUCGCAUUCCUGGCUCUGGAGCUCCAAAGGUAUUGGAGGAACUCAAAACACUCAUGUAUCCGCGAUUCUCCGGGGGUCCACCAUGUUUGUGGAAUGGCGCAAAAGCAAAGGUCUACUGUAGCUAA